GGCGGAGGGCGAGCGCGGGGCGGGACGGACGGGCUGCCAGCGGAGCGGCCCCUCGGGCUGCUGUCGGGGCGCUGCCCGGAGCGGCCGCUGGAGCCGGUGUUCCGUGUUGUGCCGUCCCGGUGGGUUUCCCGCAGCCCGCCCCAGCGGCUGGAGAUGAGCGCUGAAGCGGAGGGGCCGUCGCGGGCGGAUGGAGCCGGCGCGGACAGCACGAGGUGAGGCCGCCGCAGGUGCCGCGGCUCCUCCUGAGCCGCCGGGCUGUGCAUCGCCCUCCUGAGCCGCCGGGCUGUGCAUCGCCCUCCUGAGCCGCCGGGCUGUGCAUCGCCCUCCUGAGCCGCCGGGCUGUGCGGUGCCCGGGACGGCGGGACGGGCGGUGUCACUGGGCCGGUAAGCGGAGGCGACGUUCCGAGCCUGGCCCGGCAGUCUUAUCUGCAGCCGUGGUGUGAUUUUGAUCCUGGAGAGUGUGGGCUGCUGCUGGCAGCUACAGGAUGAAGUCGCCUCCCUGCUGCAUGUCUCUUUCUUCCCAAGCAUCCUUGGAGGAGCCAGGGACUAGCACAUCCCUGGGUUCGCUGGAGUCCAGUGUUUUCUCCAGUGAGGAAGAGCAGGGGCCCCUGCUCCAGAAGGUCAUUCCCUCUCUGGACUGCUUUACUAUCAAUGUAGGAGGCAGCCGCUUUGUGAUGUCCCAGCAAACUUUGUCUUGCUACCCUGACACCCGUCUUGGCAAACUGGCAGUAGUGGUCUCUGCUGCACGGGAUGUGGCUUCUGGCCUCCUUGAGCUCUGUGAUGAUGCCAACCUCGUGGAGAACGAGUAUUUCUUUGACCGGAGCUCCCAGGCUUUUCACUACAUCCUGAAUUACUACCAGACAGGGAGGCUGCAUGUGAUGGAGCAGCUUUGUGCACUCUCUUUCCUGCAAGAGAUCCAGUACUGGGGUUUGGAUGAGCUCAGCAUUGAUUCCUGCUGCAGAGACCGGUACUUCAGGAGGAAGGAGCUGAGUGAAGCCUUAGACAUCAAGAAAGAUGCAGAAGAAAUGGAUGCCCAAGAUGAAGAAGAGGAUUUUUCUGGUAGCCUCUGUCCCAAUGUCAGACAGAAACUUUGGGAAGUUUUGGAAAAGCCUGGCUCCUCUACAGCAGCCAGGACUUUUGGCACCUUGUCCAUGGUUUUUGUGGUUGUGUCAAUUGCCAACAUGGCCUUGAUUUCAGUAGAGCUCAGCUGGCUGGCCCCACCGCUGCUGGAUACCCUGGAGUACCUGUGCAUUGCGUGGUUCACGGCAGAGUUUGUUCUGAGGCUCCUGUGCGCACGAGAUCGGUGUCACUUCCUAAGGAGUGUGGUAAACAUCAUAGACCUCCUUGCCAUUCUGCCUUUCUACAUCACCCUGCUGGUGGAGAGCCUGUGUGGUGGGGAGAGCUCCCAAGAGCUGGAGAAUGUGGGGCGCAUUGUCCAGGUGCUGAGACUUCUCAGAGCCCUGCGGAUGCUGAAGCUGGGAAGGCAUUCAACAGGCUUGCGGUCUCUUGGGAUGACUAUUGCUCAGUGCUAUGAGGAGGUUGGCCUUCUGCUUCUUUUCCUCUCUGUAGGAAUCUCUAUAUUUUCCACUGUGGAGUACUUUGUUGAACAAGGUGUGCCAGGCACAACUUUUACAAGUGUACCUGGUGCUUGGUGGUGGGCAACAACUUCCAUGACAACAGUUGGUUAUGGUGACAUUAGGCCAGACACUACCAUUGGUAAGGUAGUAGCCUUUAUAUGUAUACUAUCAGGAAUACUGGUUUUGGCUUUGCCAAUAGCUAUAAUAAAUGACCGUUUUUCUGCCUGUUAUUUUACACUCAAGCUAAAAGAAGCUGCUCUUCGUCAGCGUGAAGCUUUAAAGAAGCUGAUGAAGAACUCAUCCAGCGAUUCAAACAUCAAUGUUAAUUUGCGAGACGUGUAUGCACGCAGCGUCAUGGACAUGCUGCGGUUAAAAAGCAGAGAGAGAGCAAGUACGAGGAGCAGUGGUGCAGAUGAUUUUUGGUUUUGACUCUGGGUGCGAUGAUUUCUGACUUGGAAGUUAUUUAACCUUGUGUAGCACAUAGACUACGUCAGAAUUUUAGUAUUAAGUAUCUCUUUUUUUUAUUAUUUGCCACACUGUGUAUUUGCUUUUCUAGGUGGAGUUUUACUUACUUGGACAGACUGAAAUAUCUAUUGUAUACAAAAGGCAGAAUUCAUAACUGGAAUCUCUCAAGGAAUUCUAAAACCUGCUUUCAGAACAGGAUUGUGGUAGGUGAGAUGGAAAAUAAUGGAUCCAUGAAAGUAAAACAAUGAUGCAUUUGUCUGAUCUAAAUCCCUACUAAUGUAUCAUAAUAAAGUCUUGGUGAAAAUUG